GUCAAACAGCACUGCUGCUUCUCAGUAUGGCGGUCCUAGCGGGACGCAGAGCCCUGUUGCAAGUCUUUCGCGUGCCGACAGCGGACCGAGACAGUGUGCGCAGACUGGCUCCAGCCUCCUCCUGCUCGAGACAGUAUGUUCUCUCCGGUAAAGUCUCGAUUUCUCGCCUGAACGGUCACGGAGCGGCGACACGACACUACAGCUCUGAAUCGAAGGAUGACCUGCGCGUUAGAUACCUGGACGGAGAAGACGCCGGUAUUGUUGUUGUUGGGAUAAAUCGACCCAAAGCCAAGAAUGCCAUAAGUAAAAAUCUAGUUAAAAUGAUGUUUGAGGCUGUGGAAGAUAUCAAGAAAAAUAACAAAGUGCGCAGUGUCAUUUUAUGCAGUUUGGUUCCUGGCAUCUUCUGUGCAGGCGCAGACCUGAAGGAGAGGGCCAAGAUGCACCAAAGUGAGGUGGGACCCUUUGUGUCCAAAGCAAGAGCACUCAUCACAGAGCUGGGAAACCUGCCGGUACCAACAAUUGCUGCAGUUGAUGGAGCUGCCUUAGGAGGAGGCCUGGAAAUGGCCCUUGCUUGUGACAUCAGAAUUGCCUCCAAUACUGCAAAAAUGGGCCUAGUUGAGACCAAACUUGCGAUUAUUCCUGGAGCAGGUGGUACACAGCGUCUCCCUAGGGUGAUUGGUGUGUCACUUGCUAAGGAGCUGAUUUUUGCUGCCCGGGUGGUGGAUGGAACAGAGGCAUUGCGUCUGGGUCUCGUCAGUCAUUCUGUGGAACAGAACAAGACUGGAGAUGCUGCCUACCUGCGGGCUCUGGAGCUUGCCCGUGAGAUUAACCCUCAGGGUCCAAUUGCAAUAAGGAUGGCGAAACUGGCCAUCAACCAGGGGAUAGAGGUGGAUUUAUCUACUGGUCUGGCAAUUGAAGAGGCAUGCUAUGCCCAGGUGAUACCAACCAAAGAUCGAUUGGAGGGUUUGUCUGCAUUCAAGGACAAGAGGCGCCCUUACUAUAAGGGGGAGUGAGGCAACACUUCUUCCAGACACCAUCACAGAGUUCUGCCUCCAGCUCUCCUACUGUUCCACUGCUUACAACAUAUUUAUGGGUGAAACUGCACCCAUCAACACAUUAACUUGUACAGUAACCAGAGGACAUCUGUUAGACCGCAGGACAGUAGGGCCAAUCCAGACUAGUGUUUUUGCCUGUGAGUUAAAUGUCAAUGUGAAGCACUUGCUGGUUGUGCCAACUAACAUGUCAGGAUUUGAAGAAACCAAGAAAACUAACCAAGCCUUCGCCUUGCUUACAAUACUAAGAACUUCUGCAAAUUAAAGCCUGAAUUUCUUAAUUACUGUUUGCAGUAUGAUCAGCAGUUAGUCACUAACAGUAGCCAGUAGAAGGUAGGAAGGUAGGUAGGUUUUUUUUCUUUUUUUUUUACUUUGGCAGAUAUGUGUCACUGUGUGUUCUAAAUAUAACCAAAGGUGUCUGCAUUAAAUCAGAAAAGAGAUUGGACUUUCCCUCACUUGGAUAAGCCCAGAGAGUAGAAUUUAGGGUUUGAGACUUGUUGCCACUAUGUGUUGGAUUCUGACUGUGGCACCUUUGCCUACCUGUCUUAGUAACAGAAAAGACACUAAGACCCAAAAAUGCUGUGAUGACAGAAAACAUUGGCUUUAAGGUCACUGGGCAAUAACCUCUAAAGGUUCUUACUCUGCCUCAAAAAGAAAUAGUACCUCACAGUUCACUGACUGCGCUCACACAUUGGCCUUGUGUGUAGUGCUCAGUUAGUUGGUUAGAAAUUAUUCAUUUAAGUGGCUAACUGACAAACAGAAUACACACAACUUGCUCAAAGUUGUCCAUCUUAAUGCUUUGCUCUAGCUGAUGGGCUCAGGUCUAAGCAAAAAAAUGUUUUUGAAGCUCAUAUGUAAACAGUGGUAGCUUUUACCCUAUUUCCGCAAAGCUCCUCUUGGAAGACAAUGGAAGCAAUGAUCAAAAAGGACACUGCAAACAAAAACUUUUAUCAGAAUUAUUUGUUGUAAUCACAUAAGGACACUACAUGUGGUAGCUUUAAGUAAUGCUUAAACACCAUAUUUUAUAGACAUGAGGCAUCAAUGUUGCUUAUAGGGACUCAAACACAGACUGGAGGUGCAGCAGGAUGCAAUUCAUAAUAAUAAUAAAACCAUCCUGGUGCCCACCACUACUCAAAAGUUGGGAAAUAAAGAUAAAUAACAAGUAAAUAAUUUUCAAGAUAACUGCAUGAGAAGUAUACAGGAUAAAAUCGGUACUGUUUGGACAUAAAAUACAUAUAAUAAAUGCUUCAGAAAUGUGAAUUAUGCUUAAAAGUGCAUUGUUUGAAUUAUAUGACAUAGUGGAAAAAUAUGUGAUUUUGAGAAGAGGUUCAUUUUCAAUUUUGGAAAAAAAAAGUCAAAAAUAAAAAUUCAGGUCCA